AUGAUCCUCGCCGGUCGCCUUUCCAAGCACCAGAGUAACAUUUUCGGGAUCAUCCAAGUACUCACGUGGGAGGUGUGGCUCCUGUUCGGCUGCAGCAUGGUUCUGUCGGCGCUUCUGUGGUCAUUCAGCGACUGGGUCCACUGGGGCGUCGGCGGAGUGUCGACACGUCGUUCCACGUUCGUGCAAGCUUUCGGAAACCACUUGUGGUCUUUCGUGGAAAGCAGCUGCCUUGAAGCCUCCACCUCUACGCCCACGAGGUUCUCGGCCCGAGUGGUGGUGGGCACCUUCUGGCUCCUCGUUAUCGUGGUAACCACGGUGGUGGCCGGACAGAUGAAAGCCAUGAUGAUGGUCCGGGAGGAGGCAGACCGCAUCGACAGCAUGCGUCACCUGGCGGCUAGGCCAGCCAUGAAGCCAUACACAAUCGCCGGAAGCGCUGGGGUGUCGUCUGUCCGUGACUCGAAGGACCCGGACUACCAGAAGGUGUGGCGCAUGAUGCAGACUCACAAGACAGACCUGCCCACGUCGGUGGCUCUCUCGGACCAGACUCUGCUCGAGGUGGUCGCGGGCAAGGCGGUGCUCAUCAUGAGCCGUGCCAGCGUCGCCGCCAGGGCCACGGCUGCGUGCGCCAGCUUCGAGCGGGGGGAGUUCUACCUAGCCCGAGAGCCCAUGUUCAAGUUCAACUCGGUCUUCUACCUCAACAACCGUCUGGCCGCCGCGCGGAAACAGGCCAUCAACAACAGGAUUUUGUGGCUUCGCGAGUCCGGCCUGGUGGCCAAGUGGUGGCAGGAGUCGUCGGGCAACUGGGAGGGCUGCGGUCAAGUCAUCAGCGACGGCCGCCUAAAGUUUUCGGAAUUCCAGGACCUGCUGCUCUUCUGGCUGGCCAUGCUGGGCAUCGCCACGGCCGUGUUCCUCUGCGAGUCUGCCUGCGCUGUUCCUUGCUCCGGCACUGCUGACAUCGAUCGUAAUUCCCAGAAAAUUGCUGGACCACUACGAUGCCUUCAACCAAAGGACGCUUACCGCAGACGUCCAGCGACGUAUGCACUCUUUCUGCAUUAA